UGUGUCUUGCCUUUCUUCGAGUGCGGGCUGCUCGAGUAGAGUGCGUCGCCGCAGAGCCGCCCAGCCGGACCGGGUUUCUAUCCGAGGGUUUUCUGCUUGUGCGGGCCGGGAGUUGCUACUCGCUUGGCGGACUGUACUCAGUACUCACCCGCAUACAUCAACAUUUGCCGGACCGCGGGAUAGCCGCUUCGCUGCUCGCACCGACACAGGUGGCUGCUAGCUUCGCGGCAGUCAUGAGGCAUUCCUUGCUGCUCGCUACCCUGGCUGUCCUGGCCGUCGGGGGUCAGGCUGCGCAACCCAUGACGCAGAAAGAGGCCCUGGAGCUCUUCUUCGGGGGGGCGUCUGCCCGACAGAAGUUCGACCAGGCCCUGGAGAGCGUGAUGGCGCUGGGCGUGCCCGGCAUCGGCCCCCUGAUGGGCCAGUGGCGCGGCCGGGGCGCCCAGGGCGCCCAGGCCAAGAGCGCCACCAGCGGCCUAGUGCGGGCGCCCUGGGAGACCGCCGUGGUGCAACGGCACGUGCAGCGCGUGCUGGAGGACAGCAUCGACCAACUGGUGGAGCAGGUGCGCAGGCUGAUCGAGGCCGCGGCCGAGCCGCUCAAGAUCGAGCGCAUCGACCUCACCCAGUCCAACCCGCUUUUCAAUUCCAAGGGCGAAAUAACGCAGGUGUCAGUCUCCCAGCUCUCCACGUUCAACAUCCUGGACCGGGACGUGGACGUGCCCACGGUGAGCGCCAAGCUGACGGUGGACUUCGAGAAGCUGGACGUGCACGGCAUGUACAACGUGGACGCCACAGCAUCGGAUCAGCUGCACAUAUUCGGCGACGGUCGCUUCGACAUCCGCUUGUACAGGCCGACGGUGGAGGUCUCCGUGCGGCUGGGGUACGAGAACGAGUACUUCAGCGUGGAGGAGCUCAGCAUCUACGUCAAACUGGAGAAGCUUAAGGUCGUCAUGUCCAACUUCCUCGGGGGAGGAGAAGUGGGGGACCUGGUUUGCGGCAUCGUGAGCGACGUCGGCCCCGCCUUCUUGGACAUGUACCGAGAGGAAGUGAACCAAGCUUUGUCCAUGACGAUCAAAGAGACGGCAAACGCUCUGCUCAACAAGUUGCCCAUCAACAAAAUCAUUGAUUGGAUCAUGGGCGGCGGGGGAGGUGACGACGACGACGACGAUGACUACGACGACUCCUCAGAUUAAUCGUCUGAUCCGAUCUCAAUAAAAUUAUAUUCAUUCGGAGACAAA